AUGUGCAGCCUCGCGGCGAGAAAAAUCCACCGGUGCUGGAGAACGAAGGGGACAGGGCCGGCUGGUACAAAAAAAGAGGAGGAGGCGGCGAUUGUGAAACUGAAAAAUGAUCAAAUCCGCGUGUGGGAUAGGGCAGAGGGCGUUAUCCUGCGUUUAGAACUGGUCGAGAAAGAGCCGGUGACGGUGGUCUCUCCAUGUUGGAAUUCUGCUCCGUCGGCGGUUGCAACACUGGUAGGAGAGAGGACAAAUUCGGCGAUCGAAAAAGAGAAUAAGGUUCCAGGGCUUUCUGACUUCACGGGCCAACAAAUUUCUUUGGGCCUACAAGCCCAUUUAGAUGAAACAUACAUUAUUUCUCCUCUUAAGGAGUUUGUUGUUGGGCCUCAACACAAGUUACAAGAUGGGCCGAGGGGUAGGCCUCGGGGACUGCCCAAACCGCCAAGGAAGAUCACCCAACGGAAUACCAAGGCUCUCGGAAUAAAAAAGAAGAUCGAACACAGCCCUAUUCGGGGUUGUUGGAUACACAAGUAUGCAUCCUUAGCUCACGAGGAUCUUGUCUUAGGAGAUCCAGCUUUGACGGUGUGCCCAGACCGUCGCCCUCAAAGACGGGCCCUCUGGAGAGGCAAAAUUCGAUGGACUCGAUAA